UCCUUCCGCACGAUCACAAGCGCCGCACGCGCGUCUCCACAUAAUUCUUCCGUCAAUUAGUAUCGAACGCGCUGAAGCGUCGCCACAGGGCGUCCGUCACUACUUUCCUGGUCUAAAACAUCAUUCGUUAAAUCUUCGUGUCAGGUUUAACUCGUCACGGCGCACUUUGAAGCGCCUGGGCCUAGCCGCAGCCUCGCUUGCUAGCCGCUAACAAAUAGAUGCUUUUGUCACCGACGCCUCGCUCAGCAGAGAUCAAUAAAGUUUGAUUGUCGUGUGAAAAUGUGUGCAACUAGGACAGCAGACAACGAGGAAGAACUUUGCGGAACAAAAGAGGACGAGCGUCAACUCCUCGACGCCGUUUGCAAGCCGCAUCCUCGAGUUGGCUUACGCACACCAGACAUCAAUGAAGUGUACCCCCACAUUAAGGUAGAAGUCGAGGCCGAAGAUCACCCACACAUUAAAGACGAGGAGCCGGUGCCCCCUUGCAUUAAAGAGAAGCAGCCGGAGCACCCCUACAUUAAAGAGAAAGAGGAGACACAGUCCCCCAACAUCAAAGAGGAGGGGCAAACCCACAUCAAAGAGGAAGUCGAGGAGCAGGAUAUCACCAAGUUGCCAUUUAAUUGUGUGCCUUUGAAGAGUGAAAAUGAAGUUCAAAGUGAGGAGGGCAGAGGGACGGAGCCUCCAAGUAGCAGUUCAAGUCGACACAUGACAACAGAAGGUGAUGGAGACCACUGUGGAUCAUCACAAGGAGACGGCCUCUUAGCUCCACUAUCAGACAGUGACGACACAACGUCACACUCUUCAGACACUGAUGACGAUCAGGAACAUAAGGCAGGUCACACUGACAACAAACGCUGGCAAUGUUCUCAGUGUGGGAAAACCUUUGCAGACAAGUGGGUUUUGAGACGACACACGAGAAUACACACUGGAGAGAAACCUUUUUCCUGUACAAUUUGCGGAAAAAGAUUCACUCAAAGCGGUCAAUUGACAACACACACAAGAACACACACUGGUGAAAGGCGAACACACAACGGUGGACAAAGUUUUUCCUGCUCAGUUUGUGGCCAAACAUUCUCAAGGAAGGAAAGCUUAAAAACCCACACAAGGACCCACACUGGAGAGAAACCUUUUGCCUGUUCAUUUUGUCAUAAAAGGUUCUCUCAAAGUGGUCAAUUGACAUCACACACAAGAACACACACUGGAGAGAAACCCUUUUCCUGCUCAGUUUGUGGUAAAAGGUUCUCUGAAAAGGAUAGUUUAAAAACCCACACAAGAACCCACACUGGAGAGAAACCUUUUGCCUGCUCAGUUUGUGACAAAAGAUUCUCUCAAAGAGGUCAUUUGUCUUCACACAUAAGAACACACACUGGAGAGAAGCCUUUUGUUUGCCCAGUGUGCGGUAAAAGAUUCUCUAAAAAGGGAAAUUUAAGGCAACACUCAAAAACCCACGUUGGCGAAAAAACCUUUGCCUGUUCAGGCUCCCCAGACUACUUCCCUCUCCCCAGCCACUUUGUCGAGCGCUUCCAGAAGUAUCCUGAGACAUUCCCGAGGCAGCAGGGAGAGCUAGUCGUCUCAGCGUGUCCUGUGUCGUCCCCGGGGCUUUCACCUGGUGGGACGUGCUCGGAACACCUCGCCAGGGAGGCGUCCAGGGGGAAUCCUGACCAGAUGCCCGAGCCACCUCAUCUGGCUCCUCUCAAUGCGGAGGAGCAGCAGCUCGACUCUUAAGCUCCUCCUGGAUGGCUGAGCUUCUCACCCUAUAUCUAAGGCAGAGCCCGGACACCCUGCGGAAGAAAUUGAUUUCUGCCGUUUGUAUCCGUGAUUUUGUCCUUUAGGUAAGGACAGGAAUGUAGCUCGACUGGUAAAUUGAGAGCUUUGCCUUUCGGAUCAGCUUACUCUUUACCACAGCAGAUGGAUACAGAAUCCGCAUCACUGCUGCACCGAUCCGGCUGUCGAUCUCCCACUCAAUUCUUCCCUCACUCGUGAACAAGAUUCCAAAAUACUUGAAGUCCUCCACUUGGGCCAGGAUGUCCUCCCCCGACCAGGAGAAGGACGCCGUCGUUGACCUCCAGCCUUUUCGACUGAGAAUCAUGCCCUCAGAUUGUCAUCCUGCACACACUGGCGCGACCAGCUCCUGCAAGAGUUGAAGGUCGCUGCUUGCUAAGAUCAACAGAACCACACAUUAUCAAAAAUAUAAAAAAAGCAAAGACGUACGGAGACCUCUGAACAGGACACCCUCAAUCCCUCGGCUGCACCUAGAAAUUCUGUCCAUAAAGGUUAUUUAUAGAAUCAAUCAAUGACAGGGCAGUACUGGAGGAGACCAACCCUCACUGGAAACAAAUUGGGCCAACGGCCGGCAAUGUGGACCAAAAACGGACACAGGUCUUACAGGGACCAAACAGCCCAUAUUAGGGGGCCUGGUAUCCUAUUUUACUGUAUUUAGACCAGAUAAAAAAAUAAAAUAAAAAUUGAAAACAAUCUUAGGUAUCACAAUACCAGACUGCCUCUGGUGGGCACUAAACUAUUGAAUUUCAGAAUUUAGACGAAAACAUUUCGACUAAUUUUUUAUUGCAACAUCAGAUAUGUGCGCAAUUCCUGGGUGUAAUCCUGGGAUAGUCGAGUGUCCCCCAGAAGUGGAUUUCUUUUGUGAUACCUAAGGGAUUAUUCUUAAUGAUUUUUUUAAAAUCAGGUGUAAUGCCAGUCAAAUGUGCAGAUUUCAGAGGACGUUUAUUUUGAAAUACAACAUUAGAUCUGCGGGAAACUCCCUGAGUGGAUCCCGGACGUCAACUGGUUUUGUAAUACCUAAGGGAUUAUUAUUAUUAUUAUUUUAAAGUUAGAUGUAAUUGGAGUCAUACUGUAUAUGCAGAGUUCAAAUAAACUCUAGUAUCUCCCGGAAGUUGACUGGUUGUGUGUUAACAAAUCGAUUAUUUUACAUAAUUAUCAUUAAUCAUUUUUUAAUAUAAUUAUAUUUAAUCCAGGCCGGCACGGUGGACGACUGGUUAGCACAUCCGCCUCACAGUUCUGAGGACCGGGGUUCAAAUCCCGACCCCGCCUGUGUGGCGUUUGCGUGGGUUUUCUCCGGGCACUCCGGUUUCCUCCCACAUCCCAAAAACAUGCAUGGUAGGUUAAUUGACAACUCUAAAUUGCCCGUAAGUGUGAACGUGUGUGCGAAUGGGUGGUUGUUUCUAUGUGCACUGCGAUUGGCUGGCGACCAGUUCAGGGUGUACCUUGUGAGGAGAAGCGGAACAGAAAAUGGAUGGAUGGAUCUUGAAUCCAAAUUAUUGAUAUCCAAUGUAUUUAUUUGUCAGGCCUUUAUUUUGAAAUGAGCCCUCACAGUGCGUGGGCAGUGUUUUGCUGUAAGGCAUAAGAUGAACAAUCGUGGAGGCUGGCCUGACUGCAGUAACUACAACCAGGCACCACUAGGUGGUGCUCAAG